AGGCUCCAUUUCCAAGUACAAUAACAUGGAAAUCGCUACUAUGGCUCAAGCUCUGCAGCUCCAUGCCCAAGUCCUCAAGUCUGGCUGCCAAAACCAUAAUCCCAGUACUGAACAAACCCAGCAAACCCUCCACUCCCAGCAGAACCUCAGCAAGCUCUUUACCUUCUCAGCUCUCUCGCCCUCAGGUAGCUUGUCCUACGCCCGCCUUAUCCUUAAUUCCCUCCAAACCCCGAAUUCUUAUUACUAUAACACCAUGAUUCGAGCCUAUUCCGACUUAACCCACCCUGCCCAAGCCAUUAGCCUAUUUUUAGCAAUGCAGAAUCCGCCAUCUCCUAGCACACCUCGACCGGAUAAGUUCACUUUUCCCUUUGUCCUCAAAGCUUGCUCCAAAUUACGUAAAAUCCCUCUUGGAGAACAACUCCACGGACUAGUCUGGAAGUUGGGUUUUGGGCCGGAUAUGCAUAUAAGCAAUGCAUUGAUUCAUAUGUAUUCAGCUGGUGGUGUUCCGGACCUUGCGUUCAAGGUGUUUGAUAAAAUGCUCGAGAGAGAUGUGGUGUCUUGGACUUCUAUAAUCGAUGGGCUUGUGGAUAAUGAUAAACCCGUUAAAGCUAUAGCUUUGUUUGAGCACAUGUUGGAAAAUGACGUUGAAUUUAAUGAAGCAACGGUUGUUUCGGUUCUUAGAGCUUGUGCUGAUACUGGUGCUCUUAGUAUGGGUAGAAAAGUUCAUGAUUUGGUUAAGGAGAAGAAGCUUAUUAGUUUGAACGGUAAGGUAAGCACGACUCUCAUAGACAUGUAUGCGAAAUGUGGGUGCAUAGAUGGUGCGAAGGAGGCAUUUUCUGAAACAGUGAACAAAGAUGUUGUUACAUGGACUGCAAUGAUUGCUGGCCUUGCCAUUCAUGGGCAGUGUAAAGAGGCUACGGAAUUGUUUGAUAAGAUGAAGGGUCUUGAGAUAAAGCCAGAUGAGAGGACAUUGACUGCGCUUUUAUCGGCUUAUAGGAAUGGGCAUAUGGUGAGUGAAGGCUUGGCUUGCUUCAGAACUAUGAAGAAGAAGUAUAAGAUCAGGCCUAAAAUGCAGCAUUAUGGUUGUGUUAUAGACAUGCUUGUUCAAGUUGGGCAUUUAGAAAAUGCUGAGACAUUUAUGAAUAAGAUUCCUGUUGAACCAGAUGCUGUCCUUUGGAGGAGCUUGAUAAGGGCCUGUCAAAUUCAUGGAGAUGUAGAGAGGGGUGAACGUCUGAUGAAGCAUUUUGAACUAUUGAAAUUGGAUUCCAAUGACUCUGGAGCUUAUGUUGUUCACCAGAAUAUCCGUGUGUCUGAGGGUAAAUGGAAGGAGAAUGGCAAAACAAGAGCAUUGACCAAUCGAAAAAAACUUCUGAGGGCCUCAGGGUAUAGUAGAAUGGAGAUCAACGGUGAAAUUUAUGAAUUUACCACUGGUGAACUGGGGCAUCUUGAAGUGGAAGAAAUUAUUGGGAAAAUGGGCGAAAUAGCAUUGAACUUGAGCUGUGAAGGUUAUGAUCCAAAACACUCAGAUCUGUCACUUGAUGAUGAGGAGAAAGCCUUUGAACUAUUUCACCACAGCGAGAAACUUGCGGUUUCAUUUGGCCUGAUUAAAACCAGCCCAGGAACCUCCAUAAGAAUUGUAAAAAAUUUCCGGCCUUGUGAGGAUUGCCAUUCUUUCAUGAAAAUACUGUCAAAGAUUUAUCAAAGAGAUAUAUUUCUUAGGGAUCAUGUACGAUUCCACCAUUUCAGGAAUGGAGAAUGUUCUUGUGGGAACUUUUGGUAAUAACAGUGCCUGUGGGCAAAGGUUUGCUCAUGGAGAGUGAUGUUCUCCGGAUGAAGCGUCAUGAGGAUUAUGCAUGUUUAAAGUCAUUGGUCUAUAAAUCAAUGGUUUAACUGGUGCAGUUCUACAUCAAUCGAGCUAUUGUGCUCUCUAGGCAUAAUCCACAGCAGUAUGCUGAUGCUUGGUCGAAACUCUCUAGGUUCUGGAAACAGGUGACGGUAUUACCUAAGCUUAGUCUUCUUCAACGGAAAGUUGGUCUGCUGCAUCGGUCAGUUAUAUAGCUAUUCAGGAAGCAGAAACCUGCUAAGAUAGUCCUUGCCAUCGAAUGUUGUUUUGCACCAUUACGGAUUUGUGUUUGUAGAAAAAGAAAACCAUCAUUUUUUUCUUUAUUUCAUUGACCAUCUGGAGUCUUGAUAGCUAGCCAAAACACGGAAAGAGUAUAAUGUAUAAUGUUCUUGUUUACCUAGAGACUGAAAUUCAU